AUGGCGCUUGAACGGAUUCCCCCGCCACAUACACUGAAUUUUAAUACCAAAACAGUCGCUGAUGAUUGGACGAAAUGGAGGGAAGAGUUUCUGUUGUUCACAGAACUCGCUCUAAAGGGAGCAGAAGAGCAGGAAAAACUCAAAAUGUUCAAGUAUAUACUUGGCUCCGAGGGACGAGAAAUAUACAAAACUUUAAAAUGGGACGUUGAUGAGAAAGAGAUCACUGUGAAUAUAGCACUUGAAAAGUUUGAAAAUUACUGCAAACCGAAAAAAAAUGAGACAGUGGAGAGGUUCAAAUUUAACGUCCGAAAACAGGGAGACGAGACCACUGACAAGUUUAUCACGGACAUAAAAACACUUUCAAAGUCAUGUAAUUUUGGUGAACUUUGUGAUUCACUUAUUCGCGAUAAAAUCGUGUGCGGAAUCAGGGACACUCAGUUGAGGGAAAGAUUGCUGAGAACUGCUGAUCUUACGCUUGAUAAAGCCGAGGCUUUAUGCAGAACAAGUGAAAUUACAAAACAGAGUGUCAAUACACUAGACGGUGCUAUGGCAACAGUAUCUGUACACAAGGUAACACAACACAAGAAAAAGUCAAACGUCACGACGCCUGUGAAACGACAACAAGGUCAACCGUGCAAGUUUUGUGGCAGGUUACAUGAACACAAAAAGGAAAAGUGUCCUGCGUAUGGGCAGAGCUGUCGUAAAUGUAAUUCCCCAAAUCACUUUGAAAUAAAGUGUGACGAACUGAGAAAACAGAGACACAGUAGCAGUAAAACAACAAAUCAUGUGGCUAACAAGACUAAACCGAAAGUAAACUAUGUGUCAGACAACAGUAGACAUGAAGAAGACUACUUUGAGCUACACACACUUACAGAAGAAAAUGUACACACGGUGAACGUGUCACGUGAAUUACGGGCUACACUUGACAUCGGAGGGAAACAAACGCUUUUUCAACUUGAUAGCGGAGCAACUUGUAACAUUAUUCCUAAAGAACUUCUUCCGGAGUCCACAAAGUUAAAGCUCACUACGAGCAUUCUCAAAAUGUUCAAUAAGACAACAGUCACACCUAUAGGAAAGUGUGAACUAGAGGUUUUGAACCCUAAGACAGGUGCCUGCUAUAAGGCAAAGAACUGUGUCACACCUUUGAUUGGAAACAAACUAAUGCAGGAUAUGGAGCUGAUAAAGGUCCAACAUGAGAAUAUUUUGUCUCUCAAAGACACCCAGACAUCUACUCUUACACACAAUGACAUCACUACGAGAUACUCGGAUGUGUUUGAAGGGAUCGGAAAACUAGAAGGAAAAUACCAUUUGGUAGUGGACCCUACUGUACCGCCUGUGGUACAUGCACCACGAAAGGUCCCAAUUGCAUUGAGGGAUAGACUCAAAGCUGAACUUGAUAGACUUGAAUCUAUGAAUGUGAUAACUCCUGUCACUGAACCAACAGCCUGGGUAUCGAGCAUGGUAAUGGUUGUUAAGCCAGAAAAGAUCAGAAUAUGUAUUGAUCCUAAAGAUCUCAACAAAGCAUUGAAGCGCAGCCACUACCCUCUACCCACCAUUGAGGACAUUCUACCCCAGUUACAUCGUGCCAAAGUGUUUAGUGUUCUAGAUGCACGCAGUGGCUUUUGGCAUGUAGAACUUGAUGAGGAAAGCUCUCUACUAACCACCUUUAACACACCUUAUGGACGAUACAGGUGGCUAAGGAUGCCUUUUGGAAUCUCCACUGCGCCUGAGGAGUACCAACGUCGACAAAACCAGACAGUUGAAGGGCUGCCAGGUGUACAUAGCAUUGUUGAUGACAUUCUGGUGUAUGGUGAAGGCGAGACUGAGGCUGAGGCUAUUGUUGACCAUGAUCGUAAACUACUACUUCUUCUGGACCGCUGUAGAGAGAGAGGUCUCAAGUUGAACAAGGACAAACUCAAGCUACGUCGAAAAGAGGUCAAAUUUGUCGGUCAUUUGAUUACUGCUGAUGGCUUGAAGCCAGACCCUGAAAAGGUGAAAGCUGUGUCCGAGAUGCCUGAUCCAACGGAUAUUGCUGGAGUCCGACGAUUCAUCGGAUUUGUUAAUUACCUUAGUAAGUUCAUGCCAGGUUUGAGUGACAAAUGUGAACCAUUGAGGAAACUAACUGUCCAGGACGCAGAAUGGUGCUGGAUGGACACUCACAAGAAAGCUAUGAAAGAGAUCAAAGAUCUUGUAAACUCUAAACCAGUUCUCAAAUACUUCAACCCGAAGGAGGACCUAACACUUCAGUGUGAUGCUUCGGAAAAGGGCCUAGGAGCAGCAAUAAUGCAGAAUGGACAACCCAUCGCUUACGCUAGCCGCGCCUUAACGGAUGUAGAAACCCGUUACGCUCAGAUCGAGAAAGAGCUAUUAGCCGUCGUUUUUGGACUAGAGAAGUUUCACCAUUAUGUGUAUGGACGAUUCGUUUUGGUACAGAGCGAUCACAAGCCUUUGGAAAUGAUCAUCAAAAAGUCGAUCCACAGCUCACCGAAGCGCUUGCAGCGUAUGUUACUACGCCUUCAGAAGUAUGAUUUUAACAUCACAUAUCACCCUGGAAAGGAAAUGUAUCUGGCCGAUACGCUCAGUAGGGCUUACUUACCGAUAAGCAAAGAUGAGGAAGAAUCUACUUUCCUACAGGAUGUAGAAUCCAUCAAUAUGGCACAAUUUAUGCCUAUUGCGGAGGCAAAACUGCGUGAGAUACAACGUGAAACAGGAAAGGAUGAUAAUCUCCAAAUCCUGCGUGAGGUGAUCUUGGAGGGAUGGUCAGAGAAACGAUCACUUGUGCCUAUACAAGCGCAACCGUACUUCAAUGUACGAGACGAACUUUCCUUACAAAACGGCAUUAUCUUUCGAGGAGAACGUGCUGUCAUUCCGUUUUCGCUGCGACGCGACAUCAAAGCCAAGAUUCACUCGUCACACAUUGGUAUAGAAGGAUGUCUGCGGAGAGCACGCGAAACAGUUUACUGGCCAGGAAUGAAUGCAGAAAUCAGAGAAUACAUCGAAAGGUGUGAUGUAUGUCGUACAUUUGACGCGAAACAGUCGAAGGAGACUUUAGUGUCGCACGAAAUCCCUGACAGGCCAUGGGCCAAAUUAGGGUCAGAUUUGUUCACAUUCAACAAUAAGGAGUACCUUAUAACUGUAGAUUACUACUCUAACUACUGGGAGGUAGACCAUUUAGAGGAUACCAAGACAUCGACAGUUGUACACGCGUUGCGGAAACAGUUUGCGCGAUAUGGCAUACCAGACACACUGGUAACUGAUAACGGACCUCAAUAUAGUUCCGACGAAUUCCAUCAAUUCACAAAGGAUUGGAGCUUUGAACACAUCACAUCCUCACCGGGAUAUCCUCAGAGUAACGGGAAGUCAGAGCAAGCAGUCAAAACUGCGAAACGCCUGAUGCAACGUGCAUUGUCAUCCAAAACCGAUCCAUAUCUGGCUCUGCUAGAUUUUAGGAACACUCCAUCACAAUCGAUGGGAAGCAGUCCCGUACAACGUCUGAUGAAUAGGAGAACCAAGACACUCCUUCCAACAAAAGGCAGUUUGCUGAGACCUCAAGUCCCAGAAAACACUACCGUCACAAAUCAGCUAAAGGGAGUGAAAGAACGCCAAGCCUUCUACUACAACCAAGGUGCUAAAGACUUAAAACCUUUAGAAACUGGUCAAUUUGUCCGAAUCGCACCACAGGAGAGGCACAAAGAAUGGAGGAAGGGUGUUGUCCAACAGGAACACAAGGUCGUAUGA